AUGAAGCAAUUCAAAAAGCAGUACAUUGUGGGAUGUCGAGAACAAGGAAUUGAACCACACCCAACCAUUGUUAAUCUUCCUGACGAUGAUGAUUGUACUCAGACUUUAAAUUUGGGAGAAUUAACUCUUGGAACUAAGAAUGGUAUUGCUAUCGGACAAGCACUGCAUGGAAACCAAACAUUUACUUACAUCAAUCUAGCAGAAAGCUAUAUGGGCGACUCUGGCGUUGAUUCAGUGUGUCAAGGUUUAAUACAGUCUCGAGUGAUAGAAUCGAUUGAUCUCAGAGGUUCCAAUCUGUAUAGAUCAAGCGGAUUGGCACAACUCAUUAGCAAAACAUUCAGUCUAAGAGAAUUAAAAUGUGAGUGGAAUAGUUUGGGAGUGUACGAAACUGGUGUAUCGGAAAUUGCUGAGGCUUUAAAACCCAACAAAUCAAUCCAAACUUUGGAUCUUCGAAACAAUAAGAUUACUCCAGAAGGUGCCAAUGCUCUUGCAAAUGCAAUCAGAGUGAACAACUCCCUGCAGUCGGUUGACUUGAGAUGGAAUUACAUUGGUGUAAGAGGAGGCAAAUACAUUCUUGAAGCCCUUCACGAAAAUUAUAUGAUCACAGAUUUGAAGCUCACUGGUAACGAAGUUGACUUUAAAACGCUUCAAGAAAUUGAUAAAAUUACAAGAAGAAAUUAUGACAUGCAAAUAACCAAACAAAAGGAAACUGAGAUGUCCAGUAGGCUAAAAUCGGAGAUAUCCGAGAUGAGUAACAUUCAAAAUAGACGAAUUGAAACGUUACAAACACAAGUCAUCACACAACAAAAUACUUACUCGAGUCAAAUACGAGGUGCUCACGAACAAAUUUCUGAGCUGGAAAAACAAAAUAUUCGCUUAAUUUCGGACUUGAAAGAAACAAAGGAAAACGAACAACGCUACUAUAGUAAAAUGAAGGAAUUUGAAGAAAAGAUUUUGCUUUUGGAGCAGAAUUUGGCUCAUGAAACAAAGAGCCAUAUUGAAACUAAAAAGAAUUUAAGGGAAUCCACAGACGAAUUGCAAAAGUGCAAAGAGUUGAUCGAUGACUUACAAAAAGAAAAAAGUAGAAAUGAAGCAACGAUCAAAAAGCUCAAUGAACAGUUGACCGUAAAGGAGGAAUUGUUAGUGGGCACCAAUCAAAAACUCUACAGCGCCCAAAACGAUAAAAGCGAGUUGAAUGCUCAGCUUAUUGACACUCAUCGGCAAAUUGAAAUAUUGCAAAGCAGUUUGAGAUCCUUGACCUUAAUUGAGCAAGAAUACAGCAAAAUACGACAAAAGAUUUCAGAAAUGGAAGUGGAAAAGGAGAGAGCUCUCAUUGAUCUCAAGAGCAAGUGCGACGAAGACAAAAUUCACUCAGAGAAGCUCUUUAAUGAAAAGUUACAAUAUGAAAAGGAAAAGUUUAACCAACUGGAGAAGAACAUGAACGACUGA